CGCGACACCCCGACCGCGGAUGGUCUCGAGAACCGCCAGAGCCCCGAGGAGCGUAAGAAGCUGGACGGUCUGUACGAGUGCAUUCUGUGCGCUUGCUGCUCUACCUCCUGCCCCUCGUACUGGUGGAACAGCGAGGAGUACCUUGGACCCGCUAUCCUCCUCCAGUCCUACCGUUGGUUGGCCGAUUCCCGUGACGAGAAGACCGCCGAGCGUAAGGCCGCUCUCGACAACAGCAUGAGCGUGUACCGUUGCCACACCAUUCUUAACUGCUCGCGGACUUGCCCCAAGGGCCUGAACCCCGCACGGGCCAUUGCGGAGAUCAAGAAGAUGAUGACUGCUCAUUAG